GGAUAUGGCCACCCAGCUGCUCCAUCUAUCCCAUCCGCACACCACGUGACCCACUUCUCCUGUGUCCUUCAGUAGUUCAUUCAGCAUGAUGGCUGCGGAUGCUGCUGAUGCUCUAUGCAGCAUCCUGCAUCCGCACCGGUUCUCUCUCCUCUUUCUCACCGUCACCCUCUCCUCUCUGCCGGCCCCGACAGCAGCGCUGCUCGGCGUCCGGCCAGAAGACACCCAGAGCGGGGAGCUGUCCGUGCAGGAUGGGAUACUGAAGGCGACCGAAGGGACCCGCUUCAUGCUCCGGGUUUACUACUCCGCAUCCUCCGCUACAGAGCAUCCCAACAACCUGAACAUCAGCGGCAGACCUGAUGCAGCUCCGUGGAUCGCGUUUAUAGAGGAACCAGGUGGGGACAGCGGGGACGCGGAGAUGCGGCUGCGGUCAAGAGGGAAUCCGUGCGAAGAGGAGAGUGCCCGGAGCUCUGACAUUGAGCUUCUGGGCUCUUUUAGAUCCACCUCAAGUCAAAACUCAGUUUUGGUGGAGCUGCUUGCUAAAGACCUGCGCAGAGGUGAGGUGAUCAAAUACUACUCCAUGUGCGCGUUCGAUGGAGUCAAAUGGGAACAUUUCAGCACCAAAGACUUCUGGCUGGCGGUGGUGGAGAGACCUCCAGAGACAGAUGUUUGGCUCCAGGCGGGUGUCUCUGUGCUCUUGCUGGGGCUGUCUGCGCUCUGCAGCGGUCUGAACAUCAGCAUGCUGGCUCUGGACCCCGUAGAGCUGCGUGUCCUCCAGAACAGUGGGACAGAGAAGGAGCAGAAAUACGCACGGAAAAUAGAAUCAGUGCGUAAACACGGAAACUACAUCCUGUGCACUGUGGUGCUGGGCAACGUGCUCACAAAUACGUGCUUUGUGGUGUGGAUGUGCCAGAUUUUAGGAAUGACUCUCCUCUCCACUGCCUCGUGUACUCUGGGGAUAUUUUUUAUUGGCGAGAUUUUACCUCACUCCGUGGCGUCCAGGCACAGUCUCGCCAUCGCCUCCAAGACACUCUGCGCGACCCGCCUGCUGAUGCUGGCGUUUUUCCCCAUCGCUUACCCAGUCUCCAAGAUUCUAGACAUCAUGCUGCACCAAGAGAUCAGCAGCUUUUACACGAGAGAGAAGUUGGUGGCCAUGCUGCGCGUCACAGACCCGUACCACGACCUCGUCAAAGAGGAGCUCAACAUUAUCCAAGGAGCUCUGGAGUUGAGGACCAAGACCGUAGAGGACGUGCUGACCCCGCUGUCAGACUGCUACAUGUUGUCCUCGGACGCUGUGCUGGACUUCUGCACCAUGUCUGACGUGAUGCAGAGCGGUUUCACCCGGAUCCCGGUCUAUGAGAAUGAUAGGUCUAACAUUGUGGACAUCCUGUUUGUCAAAGACUUGGCCUUUGUGGAUCCUGACGACUGCACUCCUCUGAAAACAAUAACUCAGUUUUACAAGCAUCCCAUGCACUGCGUGUUCAAUGACACCAAGCUGGAUGUGAUGCUGGAAGAAUUUAAAAGAGGUAAAUCCCACCUGGCUGUGGUGCAGAGGGUGAACAGCGAAGGGGAGGGAGACCCCUUCUAUGAAGUGAUGGGCAUCGUCACCCUGGAGGAUGUCAUCGAGGAGAUCAUCAAGUCUGAGAUUGUGGACGAGACGGACCUGUAUACUGAUAAUCGAAACAAAAGGCGAGUAUCCAACCAUGAGAGGAAACAGCAGGAUUUCUCUAUCUUCAAACUGGAAGAAAAUGAGUUGAAAGUGAAGAUCUCGCCCCAAUUGUUGCUGGCAACACAUCGCUUCUUGGCUACAGAGGUGGAACCUUUCAGGCCGUGUCACCUGUCAGAGAAGAUCUUGCUGCGUCUCAUUAAACAUCCCAGCGUUGUGCAGGAACUCAAGUUCACUCCCAAGAACAAGUACGCCCCUCAACACUAUCUCUUCCAGAGAAACAAACCUGUCGACUACUUUGUCCUCAUUCUGCAGGGACGGGUGGAGGUAGAGAUAGGAAAGGAAGCUCUCCGGUUUGAAAAUGGAGCAUUUUCCUAUUAUGGCAUGCCAGCACUCAUCCCACCACUGCCUGUUGGUCAGAGGUAUAGUUCCCGGGCCAGUGGUCUCAACCAAUCAGAUUUAUUACUGAGUGGAGGCAGUGUGGGUCAGCUCGCUACAGGAGGAGGGGUCUACUUACCAGACUACUCAGUCCGACAGCUCACAGACCUGCAGAUCAUCAAGAUCACCAAGAACCACUACCAGAAUGCCCUAAUGGCCACCAGAAUGGACAGCUCCCCCCAGACACCAGACCCAGUGGAUCCUGAUGCUAAAGGAAGACCUCCGGUCCCAGAGGCCCGCUCACACAGCAUCGCCCUCCCUCUCACACACACACAUACUCGACUGGGGCUGGCUCGCCUUGCACAUCUCCAUCCCCAUGGUGGCCUUCGCAACACCUCCCAGCUCAAUGAAAGAAACCGUAUCGUCCGCAGUAAAUCUGAUGGGCAGAGGAGUCCCAACGAUACGGUGUUCCUACGCAUGGAUGAGAUUCCCUAUAUUCACGAGGACAGGACGGAAAAUUAUGGAGAAGAUGAUGUGCCAACAGAAUCUCAUCUGUCCACCUCUCCCUUCAUCAGCUCUCUGUCUCUGUCCGGCUCUGAGGACAACAUUGGAAAGAAGCUAUUGCGUAAACUGAGCAACAAGAGGAGGAAAAAGUCCCGGGACGGAGAAAAGAGUUUGGAAGAAGGUUCAGACCAACUGCCAGUGCUAAGCUAGCACAAUGACACCUUCUUCCUGUUUAUAACUCACUGGUUUCCCUUACUGAACAACCACCCAUUCAUAGCCUGCCUCCAUGCUCCAACACAACUCCCAAAGGAGACCGAGCUAUCUUAUCUGUUGUAGCCACCACUAAUACUCAGGUCCCCACUGGCACACUCUGUCCCACCUCUGCCUGACUCUCCACCCUAAAGGGAUUGCUGACUACAAGUGGGACGGGUCUGAAAAAACAACAUAGUAUUGGAUUUAUCCAGCCUUAAACUGGACUGUAUGGAUCUCAGCAGGUUUUCAUCACGUUUUGUAGUAAACAAGGCAAACCUUGUAUAUGUUUUACUUUUUAUAGUAGCUCUAUACAUAAUGUUGACAUUUAAUCAUGCUGUAAGCCAUAAUGUGUUACUGAGUUAAUACCAACCUCUGCCUGUACUUCACGUGGGCUCUACACAAUCUCUCAACAAUGUUCUUAGAUAAUAUCGGAACCAGAUCAAACCUUUUACUUGAUCGAACAAUUUAUACAAACAUAUUUAUGAUUUAUUUGUUAUUACAAAGCAGUUCCCACAUACUGAAAAUGUUGUUUGCACAAGGAACUGUCCUAAUGUUGCCAUAAGGGUGCCACCUACUGCCAACACAACCUGAAACACUAGCCAUCAGCUAACAAAAACAAUUAACCAGACAAGAGCACAAUUUUUACAGAAUUAUGAAAAAGCCAUGACUGCUUAUUGUAUACAAUGACCCUUUCAGCAACUCUAGAGGGGUAUGCACAAUUCUGAAGAUGCCCGUGGUAGAAAUAACGCGAUUUUUUUACCUGAUUUUUAUACGGAAGUGUUCUGACUUACCAAAAGUAAUUUGAAUACAGCAAUAUAAGUCAUCUAACAUACUGUAAGCGGCUUGAAUUCAUCACCACACAGCCACAUACAGUAAAUGCAUCCUUCCUGUGUAGAUGCAUGUGUCUUACAUACAGUCUGUUUGGUAUGUCACUUCACUUCUCUCUGCGUAUGUAGCUGUAUGGACACAAUUUUAAUGUUUCUAUCAAAAGCACUGUCACUCAUUCACCUUUUCUCUUGAUAUUUUUAAAAAAAUCAUUAGCUUGUUGUUUGAUUGCUUUCAGUAGAACGAAUAGGAGCGCUUAAUUUCAUCAAUUUCAACCUCAUCAUAAUAGCUCCUUUUCUAUGUACAGUUCAUCUGUCACAGGAUUAGUCACUAAAGCUGCAUUCACCAAUUAAAUAUAAGCUAUGGGUUUACAGGGUUUUGGAUCUUUGGGGUCUAGUAUUCUUAAAGAAAAAAAGUAGUUGCUACUUGCAUGUUUGUUUACGCCGCUUUUGCUGCUUUUAAGAAUUAUGCUCUGUAGAAAGCCCUUUGCUUUAGCAUGCUUUAGGGAAAGGGAUGCAUGAAAAGGAUGAUACAAAUAGAGGAAUACCCACAGAGGUGCAGUGUGUAAGUGACUGUAGAUUUUAUGAGCCAGCAUCCUGAAGUUUUAACUGUUAAUGUUGAGGGGGGAAAAAAGCGAUAAGUACGAUGAAUGGAACAAAGCACUGUUGCUCAAAAGGACUUCAGAAAGGGUCAGAAGUCACUCUAUCUACUGAAGAGGGCACUGGAGGCCAUAUAAUGCUGCUCACUGAGGGAGAUUUUUAAGCCAUUGUUCUAGAAAUGAUCUAUUACUGCAAUAAUGAAAUCAUGAUUUAAUCCUUUUUUUUUAGUGGCAGCUGCAGCUCAGGUCGGACUAAGCUGAUCUGCAUUGCAAAAUCUUGGCAGGUGCACUGCCCGACAGAACAGAGAGAACGAGAUAUGAAAGAGGAAAGCUAUGUGACGCACACUGACGUCAAGCCACCGCCUCCCUUCAAACACACACGCGCGCGCACACAUACAAGCGCACACACAGUGGUGUUUGGGGACACUGAGUGAAAUAAUUCAUUCUGCCUGGUAAGGCCAUGGAAGUACAAAGGAUAGUGCACUGCUAAGCUAUUCACAUUGAACUCUUUACGUACACAUAACACGCAAGGGGGAAGUCUUUUGAUCUGACAACUGACAGAGCAAGAGGAUUUGUGUGAAUCAGCAACGCUUUCAGCUGAAGGCUUGGAGAGAUUUUUCAGUUGGUUAACACCGAUUUAUAUUUGUAAGGAUUGGUAUCCUGUUUAUUUGUGGUACAAAAAGCAAUGUUACAUUUUGUAAUGUAAGAUUCAGAUGAUUAUAUAAGUCACCCAAAGAUAUCAAGAGACAGAACAGAUUAUUUAAACAGGGGAUAAUUUAAUUAUUAAUAAACUGACUGAACUAUUGA